AAUUAACUUUGACAGUUAAUUGAAGUGCUGUUGAUAUUUUUGGUUAACCGGAAUAAUCGGUAUUUUAUAGCAUUUAGACGGUUUUUUGAACGCGUUUUAAUGUACGACCGUAAUGUACUCGGGUGGAGACUCCACAGACGCGCAGAGUUAUAACCAAUGGGCUUUGAACCCAUCAGCUUACCAAAAUAUGGCAAAGGAGCAAGUCGAUUGGGCCGCUUUGGCCCAACAAUGGAUUAUUAUGAAGGAAGCAGGACCCCCAGUUCCAGAACCACCACAAAUCACACCUCAACAAGGGGUCAAACCCAUCAAAAAAGACAUAGAAGGCGGUGAGGCCCCUAUGGAUGUAGAAAACGAAAACGAAGAAAUUCAAUCACAAUGGAAUGAUGGAACGGGUUCUGGGGAUUCGUGGAAGUGGCAAUCACAACAACAACCACCAUGGAAUUGGGAGGCGAAUUGGAAUAAUCCCGGUUCUUCUAAUAACACUCCUAAACCUCCUUUGCUUCCUACACCUUCAAAUUUUAAUCAGUAUAAUUCAAAUGUUGAUAAUUCAAGUGAUAACUCUAAUUAUGGGUAUAACACAACUUCUAAUUAUCAAAGCGGAUAUUGGACAUCAUCGGGAGGUGCUAAAGUUAUUAAACCGCAUAAUAAACGUUAUAGUAAAGUCAAUGUACCAACCACUGUCGCAAAUACUUCUGUUCCUCCUCCGAAAGUUGUUAAUUUAGAUGCCGCAAAAAGGAAGCAAUUACCCGCUUGGAUAAGAGAGGGUUUAGAAAAAAUGGAACGAGAUAAAUUAAAACAAUUAGACCGAGAGAGGGAGAAACAGGAAAAAGCAGAAAAUGAAGCAAAAAGAAAAUUAUAUGAAAAGAAUGCUUUAGAAAUUUUAAAGGAUACUGUUAAAGAACAACAAGUUAAAAGUCGAUUUGAUUCUGGAUCUGAUGAAUCAGAAGAGGAUAUAGAAGGGCGUUCAUUGACUCCAGAAAUCCAAACAACUUCGCAACCACAAAGGUUAACUCAAGAGGAAAUGAUGGUUUGGGUACGAAGAACAAUGACGGAUAUUCUCCUCAAGGUAACAAACCGCGAAAUCCAGACUAUUUGUAAAGAAGAGUUGGAAAGAUUUGAAAGGAAGCAGAAAGCUUCAGAUCAACGCGUUUCCGCACCCAGUGGUGCCAACCUAAGCGCCAGACUUGGAUUGGGAGCAUACGGGGAGUCGGACAGUGACAAUUCGGAGGGAAAUUCGGAUGAUGAUGAUUCCGAUGCACAAUUAAGGGAGGAGAUUAAACGGAAAAAAGCUGAAUUCGUUAAAGUCGAACGUCAAAUUGAAGAAAAACUUGCUGAAGCCGAACGAAAGAGGGAACUUUUUAAUCAAAAUCGAGGUAGUCCUAUAAACGACAACAAAGAUACACAGGUAGACGCAAAAACUCCAGAAAAUUCUAAGCGAAAUCGUCGCGUUUCUUCCUCAAGUGAUUCCUUAUCGAAAGACAACAAUAAUCCAAAAUACGUCUCAUCGGACUCCGUUUCGACACCUUCGCGAAGUCGAAGUCGGUCGAAAGAUCGCAAAAAGUAUCGAUCAACAACGGAAAGGCGACGAUCAGACGACCGGAAACGAUUAAGAUCUAGAUCGAAUUCACGAUCACGAAAGUUAUCUUUAAGGCGUGAUCGACGUCUUAGGUCACCUUCAGUUUCAAGGUCACGAUCUAGGUCCAGAUCUAAACAAAGAUCGAGGUCGAAACAAAGAUCAAGAUCUAAUCAAAGAUCGAGAUCUAGACAGAGAUCAAGAUCGAAACAGAGGUCGAGGUCGAAACAACGGUCAAGAUCUAAACAGAGAUCAAGGUCGAGGUCGAAUUCGAGAAGAAGAUCGAGGUCUUACGGAAGAAGGAGAAGGUCGAGAUCGCGGAGAAGAUCGAGAUCAUCAAAACGGAAGAGGUCCCGGUCGCGCAGUAGCGGUAGGGAUUCCUCGGAAUAUUUACAAAAGAACCCAGAGUUUCCAAUGGAAAAAGUGCUCAUUAUUUCAAAGAUGAUGUACAUAUUGACGUUUCUAUAAGUUGUUAUUAUGAAAACAGUUAUCAGCUGAAAACGAUAAUCUAAUAUUAAUUAAGGUCUUCCUUAUCUUAUUUUUUGCAAUUUCGAACACGUGCGGUGUGCGAAAAUAUAAUUUCAACAUUUUGUGUUUAUUACGAAAUAGAUUUCGCCCCAUUUUGACCCUUUAGAUUUAAAUUAACUGUAUUCAAAAAUUGAUUACAAUAAAUGCCGAUGUAUUAAAAAAAG